AUGUCUUGCUUCAGCUCUCUCUUCGGCAUCCUUGCGGUCGCCGUCGGUCUCUCUGCAGCCGCUACCUGCCCUGCUAGAGACAACGAUGGCUCCCCGCUCCUCAGCUCGUCAAACGACGGCAGCUUUGUCACCUGUGUCUACCAGGCGGCGAGGACUUGCAUUUACUUUGAGAAUGGAGACUUCUCCUCUGGAUCAAGUGUCUGCCCCUCCAGUAUCCCGGCGCGCCGCGCUCUGGUGGAGAGGGAUGCCGUUUGCUCGGCCACUGACGACAACGGCUCUCCCCUUCUCAGCUCGUCUGACGAUGGCAACUUCGUUACUUGUGUCUACCGUGACGCCGGAACCUGCACUUACUUCGAGAACGGAAGCUUCUCCUCUGGGUCGAGCGUUUGCCCGGAUAGCAUUUCUGUUGUAGCUACGGCUACUUGCCCCCCGGAGGACAACGACGGAGGUGCGCUCCUCAACACCUCCAACGAUGGGAACUUUGUUUCGUGCGAUUACGCGGAUGCUGGGCUUUGCACCUACUUCGAGGAUGGAGGUUUCUCGUCGGGCUCGAGCGUUUGCCCCAGCAGCAUCCCUGCGAAGCGUAGCAUCGCUUCUGCCAAGUUUGGCCGUGCUUACAAAGCUCGAGCCUGA